CCCCAAUACUCGAACACUAAUACCGAUAUUCUUGCUUUUUUACAUUGCCUUAUGGCCACAAUUCAUUUCUUCCAGAAAGACUUCAACAAGUCAUACCUUUCGACCACCACAAUUGCACUGAGUCUGUCCACUUAUCCGUUCAUGCUCUGUACAGUUUGGAAUGUCCUCCGAGCGCUUCCUCUAACUAAAUAUGGACUUGUCAAUGCCCACUCGACCAAGACCUAUUUCAAGCCAAGGAUCAUCAAUCUUCUUUCGAUCUUCUUUUACGCCUUUCCAUUCGUUUUUGCAGGCCCCCAAGUGUUUUUAAUAACACUCUACACAACAGAAAUCACUCAGAUAUACAAUGAACACAACAAUUCUUUCUUGGCCAUCAUUAGCGGAAACCUUGAAGCAGCGACAAUAUAUCAACUGAACAUUGAGGCAUCAGCCCGGAUUGCCUCCAUUCAAGAGCGCGGUGAAAAAGUUCUAAUCCUGUCUCGGUUGAUCAGCUUCGGUUAUUGGUUAUAUAUUCUGGCAUUGUUUCUUAUGAUGUUAUUCGGCCACUUGUUCGUACUCCAGGCUGUUCGGUAUCAACUUCGUACAUUUCGCCAGGUACUUCAACCACAGAUUCCACUUACAUUAAGUAUCCUGCAAUUGGCAGAAGCUAGACCCGAGCUUCGACCAACCCCGGCUUCGGCUCCUUUCAAAACGCCUUCCGGCGCCUACACCAUAGAAACACAACGUAAAACGCCGCCUGCACUCGGCUCCUUCUCAAGGUGGCUGCCAUCAUUGCGUCAUGAUCAAAAUUUCCUUGAGCAGUCCGUCUCUAGCAACAGCUUUGAUGAUUCGGGCCUGAAGAAUCAACAGCCUUGGCAAAUAAGUAACCACAUGGUCAUUCAAUCUCAAUGCAAAGCUCUCAAAACAUACCAAGUGAAUUUAGUAUGGCAGGUGAUUGGUAAUUCAACCAUCAUGGUUGUCAUCGCGGUACUGGAUAUGAUAAUUUAUUCCGACACGACACACGAUUUCUGA